GUGCAGCCUUACGCGCUGACCUCGUCCUUGAACUAUCAACGUCCAAAAAAAAAAAAGAACACUUGUCAGCCUCGAGCUCCAAGUAAGGUACGGAAAUUUCGACUUCUUUUCUCAUUCUUGAGAAGCUUUCCCGGCUUGAUACUUGGACGCAUCAAGUAGAAGCGCUUGCUUGAUAGCAAGUCGCCGCCGUCGUUGGCCCGUCAUGGCAUUCGGCUGGUCAGAAAUCCGCUCUCUUCUCCUCGUCUUCGGUCCGAUUCUCCUUCCCAAGGCAAUCGCAGCCUACAAAUCCAUCCGCAAUGCCUCCCAACACAGCGGCGAACCGAUCCCCCCUCCGCCCCGCAUAGCCCGCGCCCUCGCCAUCCUCACUAUCAUCGUGAUCGUCUACCUCGUCAAGACCCUCCCGCCCUUGGCCCCGGAGAACCUCUUCACCCUCACCCAGUCCCGCCUGCAGAUCCCCGUCGACGUCCUAUUCAACCGCCUGUCCUCCCUCCGCCCGGAAUCCGCCCUCACCGCUGCCGACGAGCGCCUCCGCGCCCGCUUCGUCAACCUCGAGUCCCGCCUUCUCUACCUCCAGCUCGGCCCCGCCGCCCUCGCAGACUGCCCCUUUUGCAAGUCGGAGGACCCUAAAUCCUACUUUUACUACGCGCUUCCUGCCAUCAUUCUCCCCCAUCUCGUCAACCUCAUCGCCCUCGCCGCCGUCACCUCCUCCACCUUCACCGGUCGCGAUGGUGCCCGCUGGCGGUCCCACGCCACAAUGGCCGCCGCCGCCCUCGCCGCAGCGGACGCCGUCCUCGUAGGCCAGUACGACUACUCCGCCAACGCCACCGCCCUCCGCCUCCAGGAUAUGGACUUCUUCUAUUGGCGCGCCCGCGCGCUGCGCUACAUCGCCCUCGCGGCCCUCGACGUCGGCAUCGGCGCACUCCUGUUCCUCUCCGGCACCCGCCGCGCUUUCGUUCUGCCGCCCUCGGAGGCUGAGCGCAUCGAGGCGAGCAACCGCGCCUUGACGACGGUCAAGAGUAAGCUGAACGCGCUGGGCAUCGUCAAGAACACGUCGAUGCGCGACGAGGAGCUGCGGGCGCGGAGUCAGGCGUAUUGGUUGCGCGAGGGCCAGAUGGUGCGCGAGGCCAUGGAGGAGAGGGAGGUUGUCGAGAGCGUCAACGACGCGCUGGAGAAUAGGAUCAAUAUACAGCAGGUCACUAGCGAUGCUGAGAAUUAUACCGAGGGGGUCUUUCGACAGCCGGAAGGCACUGCGCAAUGAGCGGUGCGGUGUCCCUCUUCGGUCGGAAGUUUAGAGUUGAUGCGUGGUGUGUAUAGAUAGCCACUGCAGCAUAACACGUAGAGAAUAAAGAAAGAAGCAUAUAAUUAUGACU